AUGGAGGCCGUGGACGGCCCUGCGGGCGACCGUCGCGGGGAAAAAGUUUUCUUCGCGCUCCAGGGGCUGUGGAUUUCUGAGCCUGGAAAAAAUGAAAUAAAACAUUAUAUUUACAUAUUAUUAAAAAUAAACCUUUUACAAUUGUUAAUUAUUUAUAUGGCCACUGUCACGUGAGCUACAUAAUCAGUAAUAAACUAUUUUAUGAAACUAAUUAUUUUGUGCCUGGAUGAGUAAAGUGCCGAUUGCGGUGAAGUUACCCCAAAUCUCAGAAGGAACGCUGCCACGUGGCCACUUCCGAGCCCGCCGCUAUACAUCAAACAGGAACACAAAACUUCCGUUUCAGACUUUACGCAGAUCAGGCCAGCAAUUGCUCCGACCCCCCCGAUCCAGAAGCUCCCGUCUGGGCUCUCUCCCUCUCUCUCUCUCUCUCUCUCUCUCUCUCUCUCGCUAGGUCUCUUCUGGGGGAAUAAGGAGUUCGUCUGGUUUCUAUUUUGCACUCUUAAUGAUGAUUUACUUGUUGGUGACCGAAGAAGGAUUGUGGGGGAGAGAGUAGAUUUCGCUGUUUCUCUGUCUCUCGGUGGAGAGAUGUGGAGGCGAUCAGCAUUCAGCUGUCCAUUGGUUUCUUCACCAGGCAAAGCUUUCGGUGCUGCUCUGUGCCAGGUGGCUAGCGGUUCCAUCUUCUUAGACCAUUUCAUCCGCUUGUUCAUGUUCCUGCGCUCAUGUAUCAUUUUUGGUGAUAUCGUGUCGGCGAGAUAGUUACGCGCGUUUUUCCGUCUCAGUCCGUUCUCUUGUUAUGUCUGGUUUAGGUGAUGCAAAAGUCUUGCGGGUUGCAGUCUGUGGAAGCUUUUACUUCUGGGGCUGGGAAGCCGGUAUUCUUUAAUAUCCCACCGCAUCUCUACAUUAUAUUUCGCAUUGCGUCCAGUGGGUUGGAUUAAAAAUGCAGUGUUUAAAUUGGAAGUAUAUUUUUUUCUUUCGAAUGCAGGCCGAAGCUUAUGAUUCUCCCAGUCGUAAGAAAGCGUUCAUAACCUUUGUAAUAGGUGAGCCUUGCUCUUUGCCGUUGGCGGAGAAAGGAAAUUGUAUCUCGGAAUGCAUAUGACGUGCGUUCCAUUUUAUGGUUCCGUUUGCUAACGCUGUGUAUUAGUUCUUACAUACGAGUCAGACUUGAACAUACUACUAGAUAUGCGCUGAAAAUAUAAAAUAUAUGAUUAAUAUGAAUGGUUUGUAGAUAAAAAGGUCUGACAUAUGAACGUCAAGGAUUGAUUUUAACCCCUUUAACUGUUUUCAAACAUUAUUGAUUUUGUCAUGAUGAUGGUUGGGGGUGAUACUAUGGUGUUAUUUGGUGGUGAGGAUCAGGUGACGGUGGUGAUAGGUGCUGUGUAGUACUGGAGGGUGCUGACAUUAACAAUGGACGCUACUCGGUGCUAGUAGGUCAUAGAGGGAAGUGGGAAUAGCUGUGAUUUUAUUGAUAACGAUGUUCCACUAUGUGACAUUUGGUGGUGACCAGUAGUGGGCGUUGACAGUGAAUAAGGGAAGAUGAAAGUAUAAGUCUCAUAUCUGAAUACGAUCCCGGCUUUUUUGGACGUCUAUGAUCUAAUGUGUUUUGAAUCAUGUUUGACAGUAAAUUAUGGAAUUUUUAUCCAGGUGGCCCAGGUAGCGGGAAGGGGACACAAUGUUCCAAGAUUUCCGAAGCAUUCGGGUUUGCACACCUUAGUGCUGGGGAUCUGUUGAGGAAAGAGAUACUUUCAAACAGUGACAAUGGGUAUGUAUAUUUUUUUUCUCCUGCUACGACAAUUCUGCUUUGAAUUAAUUUGAUUGAUCCUCUAUCCCAUUUCCAGUUAUUGAGGAUAAUUUUUACAUUAUAUGUGGCAGAGUAAUGAUAUGUAACACUAUCAAGGAAGGGCAGAUUGUUCCAUCAGAGAUAACAGUCGGAUUGAUACAGAGAGCAAUUGAGUCAACUGACACGGAUAAAUUUCUAAUUGAUGGUUUUCCCCGGAGUUAUGAAAAUCGCAUUGCAUUUGAGAAAAUCGUGAGUCUUUUACUUAAUUAUAUUACUUUUUUUUCACCUCUUGGUAUGUGAUUGUUUGGUAAUUUUCUGCAUAGCCAUUGACUUGUGUUGUUUCGGUUUUCUUGGAGUAUGCGCUCUGUUUUUCAUGAAUUAGUACUGGAGGGAGCCUUAGGAAUUGUUUUAAGGAGGGGUGGGGGGCAGCUGAAAAUUGACACUCUUCUGCAUAUCAUUUUGCAGGAGGAAGAUAAAAUGAUGCCAAUCAAGGGACGUUUAUUUAGUAUGUGAAUGUAGUCCUUCCACCAUAACACCUAUGCCAGAACUUUUGCGACAAUUUUAGUUAUUAUGGACCUGUUAUUCUGAAACUAUUGAUAAGUACCAUAAUGUUGCAAUGAGCAAUGAUAGCCACCAUGUCCAUUCCUGAGAUUCAUUUUCUGAAUGAUUUCUCUGUGUGGAUUUCGUCUGGUUGAUGAGGAAAAGAAGUUUCACACAGGAUCUACUUGUACAAUGAAUACACUACAGUUCUAUCCCCUAAUGGAAAAUAAUGUCAACUUUUUAGUCUACUUUAGAAAUAAGUUUUCUGCUUUCAGCUUUCAAAUGCAUUUCUUGAAUAUUUUUCCAUUUAAAAGAUGAUUACUCUGCCUCGUGCCUUUUUGUUCAUUGGAUAACUUCUCCUUGUAAGCAUGCUUUUUGAUAAAUCUUUCAGGUUGGUGUGGAGCCAGACCUUGUGCUUUACUUCGAUUGUUCAGAGGAGGAGAUGGUGAAAAGGGUCUUAAGCCGCAAUCAAGUAUGCUUUAUAUCUCGCGUUUCUCUCAGAAAUAUGUGGUUUUGAUUCAGUGAUUAAGGUUUUCUUUUCAUCAGGGAAGAGUUGAUGAUAACAUUGAGACCCUCAAGAAACGCCUUGAAGUCUUCAACGAAUUCAAUGUUCCUGUCAUUAAUUAUUAUCGUGGAAAGGGUAAAGUGUGUAAGGUACUUUCCAGUUUUAGCAUAAAAAUAUUUUUCCAUGCUUUAAGAAAUGCAUCAAAUUUUUCUUUCCAUAAAUAUGCGUGUCUUCACUUGUUGGAUUUGUUUGGUUCAUCUAGAUGGGCGUUAUUUCCUUCACUCUAUUAGCUGUACUAGACUCCUGUUUUUUCUACUAUUUCUGUUUCAUUUCUAGUGAUUUAUGAUUCAUGGAUCCCAGAUUCUACUAUGUUGCCUUUGAGUCAGUAAUUUCCUAAACUAGCACAUAGAUUCACUCAGUAAGCUUCAAAAGAAAUAGCGGUGACACAUAUCCUUCCACAUUAAAAGGAAUAUAUUGCCGAAAGUUGCACUGGUGAUUGCCUGGCGUAGAGCUACCAUUGAUCUGAUCAACAAAGGACAUGUAAAAGUUGUUUGCUCUCUGCCACGAAAAAAGAAACUUACAGAAAAAGCUCAUUCUUUCUGUAUUGGUGACUCAUAAAAAGUCAAACCGUUGACCUUUGCUUAUAUUAUUAUGGAGAAAGAAACAUCUGUUUUUUUUCUAAGUGUUUUACUCUCUGGAUGUCUGAAUCUUAUCUCUACAUGUCUUCAUGAAUCCAUUGAGCAUAAUCUCACAGGAUUCUGUUCACGUUUGUCUGAUUAAUCCCUUAUAUCUUCUGCAAGAUUAGAAAAUAUGUUAGAAAAUUUCAUACUCUUUGUUGGGCCCAAGGCUACUUUGUUAUUAAUAAUCUCGUGAUGACUUGUAAGCUGAAGUCUGCUGAUCAUGUCACGCAGAUUGAUGCCGUUGGAACUGAGGAACAGGUGUUUGAAAAGGUUCGCCCCGUCUUUGCUAAUCUUAGGUAUGUAACUGUCGUUGAUCUUUCUAUCAGGAUGCCUGCAUCAGAAGAGCUCUUCUUAUCUCUGUAG